AUGUCCCGUUUUCCUUCAAAUAUCGACGCCCAUUUGCGUCCGCAGCAGCACUUGUUACAACGUUCACAGAGCACCAAUUCUAAUUCUAAUCCUAACCCGAACCCGAAUCCUAAUCCUAACCUCCAUAUGAUUUCCACCAAUCACCAAGGACAGAAUGCUGUCUUCUCCGUGAGUACAACCACCACUGCCACAAGUGCUAUUUCUGCCAAUGCAAACAACAGUAAUAAUGUAAAUAUUACUAGUCCCCCUCCAUCUAACCCUCAGCAGCAGCAGCAGCAGAAAGCAAACUUGAACCGAGCCAAUCCGGCGGAACUGCAGAUGGCCUACCAAGAUGCUUGGCGGGUCUGUCAUCCCGACUUCAAGCGUCCUUUCACUUCCCUAGAAGAUGCUUGUGAGCGGCUGCUGCCUUACCACGUGGUGGCAGAUUACGAAGCAGAGGAGGAUGACAAGAUUCUCGAUUCUGACAGUACUGGCCAAAUGCUUUCUCGAUCACAGCAGUGGGACCACAACAUUGCUGCCAAAGUUGCGGAGUUCGCCGCCACAUUUGAGAAGCAAGUCCUUGCAUUCAACAUUAUUUCUCGUAAGCGAGAUCUCGGGGAAUUCCGAACAGAGGAGAAGUUGAUGAUCGAGCAGCUACUCUUGCAGGAGGAGAGGCGAGCUUUGCUUGAAAUGAGGGCAGAAAUGGACUCAAGGCAAAAAACAGCAAGUCGAGAAAGUCAGGAGUCUAACCUGCGAAUGGCAGCCAUGGCUCAGGAGCAAUCAGCUCGAGGAGUAGAUAUGCAUCAUGCAGAGAUGCUGAUUCGAGCCCCUAUGCGAGCAAGUGCUCUUGGAUCUCAAAUGAAUAACUUGCCCGUUGGUCAUGACGCGAGUCAGCAAGACCAGGUGCCCACUACUGAGGACAUGAUGAAUGGAUGGGGUAACAAUGGGCCAAAAGACGAAAAGGAGCCAUCGGAUGAUUUCUUGAAUGAUGAGGAAACAGAAAAUGGAGAUGGAGCCAUGCAGAGCGAGUGGCGUGAUGGAGGCGACUUGGAUUUAAACGCAAGAUAG